AAGACCUAUGCAUGCUCCCCGCUUACACAAACUUCCCAGCCUCUGGAAAUAUAACAGACAACAGGGAAAUUGCAAGAAACAAAGCUGUGUGUAGGGAGAGAAUAGAGAAAAUAGGAAGAGGAGGAGGAAGAGAGAAUUAUUGGUGAGGAAGUAAGUGUGGGAGACAACAUGGCGGCGGCGAGGUAACACACAUCGCCUUCCUCACACAUGUUUGUAGCCGCUGCUCUCUUCUCGUUCAAACUUUCCCUGGAUAUUAUACCACAGCAAGAUGACCUCCCUCCACUGUGUCAUCCACCCGCUGCCUGGCACUGAAGACCAGCUCAAUGAAAGGUGGCUCGGAGGUUCAUAGCAUCAGUAGUGAGAAUCUUUGUCAUUCUGGCCAUUGAGAUGAUUCCUAAUGUCAGCAAGAAGAAGCCUGGCAAUUCUUACACACAGCCACUUGCAAAAUGCAUAAAGGUCUUUGAGUCAGUGAUUCCUGUUGCUGUGACUGAGUUAUGUGAUGCUGCUGACGCUCUCAUGCUGCCAGUGCGCCUCAAUUAUGUCAAGCCUACAGCACCCUUUCCUCUUAGCUCGACUCACGUAGAUGCUAAUCAUGGUUGUAAGGAGAUGUUUGAGGUGGAGCCCCUUCAGAGACAUCAGCAGCGGGUUGGUGGAAGCAUUGUAGAGCAGUCAGCUGCAUCCGGCAGUGGUAGUGGUAAUGGCAGUGGCAGUGGUGGUGGAGGAGAUAGUGGAAGUGGGAAUGCUGGAGCAGGGGAAGAGGUGGAAGAAGCUGGUGAAGAAGAGGUGGUGCCUAGUAUGUCUCGUCCUAGUCCUGCUCCGAUAGCCAGGCCACGGAGGGCACGACCAGACCACGUUCUUCCUCCUCAGGUUGAUGAACAUGAUAAUGAAGGCAAUAGUGAACGUGACGAUGCCAAUGAAAGGUCUGAACAGGAAGGGGAUGGAGGGGGUGAAGUGGAGGGUGGAGAGUCUGACAUGGAACUAGACCUGUUAGCAGAAUCAGACAGUGACAGUGAUGACAAUCAGUCUGCUGUAGACAACACUUCUGCACAAAGAUCUGUACAGACUGGUGCUACUGCUGGCAGUGAUGGGGAAGACGACUCAGGGGAGUCUUCACCUGGUGAGGAUGAAGAUGAUGAAAGUGAAGCAGCAGAAACUGAUGAAUUUGAUUCUGGAGAGCUUUUCUCUGAUGAGCAGCUAGAGAGGAGGGGCAACACUUCAUCUACUGCACGUAACAUUGCUCCUCAUAAUCUACAGUGGGCAGUGAGGAACCCUCGUGACAGUAGCUCACGCUCAGGAGGUACCACAGGAGGUCCCACUGCCACUGGAUCUUCAAGCACAACAUCAAGUGGCCUAAUAUAUAUUGACCCAACUUCACUAAGGCACGGUCCAACAUCCAGCUCCACGGUAACUCCAUCAUCCCAUGAGCCAGUGAGCCUGGCCACUACAAAUAACACACUAGCCAGGGCCUUUACCAUUGUAGUAAGACAGAUGAGUUCUUUGCUAAGUCUAGCAUGUGAUGUAGUAAGAGAUGGAGGGCUGACCUCAAGAGCACCAGGUAGUGGUGGAGGAGGCAUUCCCAGCAGCAGCACAAGCAGCAGCACUACCACACAGAUGUGCCUCACUCCCACUAUUAUUGCGGCACUUCUAAAGCAGGUGGAUGCCCGCCUUCAGCCCACUUGGGACUGGCUUCUCAGUCUCAUGGACUCUACAGAAUCGCAGCUCAGGUUUGGGCGUGAAUUAAAUCAGCUCAUUGAAGGAAGUGGUGGUGUAAGUGCUAGUUCUGCUACAACGCCUACAGGGAUCCCUGCUUCUCGACCUCGAGAAAGAAGUGCUGGACGCACUGGACUGCCAUUCAUCCGGGACCCUCUGACAGGACCUAUGUCUAGGUAUCAAAGUGCAAGACGUGGAGCCCGUACUACCACUACCACAGCUGAUCCACAAAAUGCCAGAAGAGACACCCUCUCCUAUGUUGUGUCACUACUGCGGGCCCACAAGAAUGAACAUUGUGAUACAUUGCCUGACAUUGAUGUUGGGUCACUAAAACAUAUAGCUUAUGUGUUUGAUGCUCUCAUCAGCUACCUACGGUGUUGUGAGAGUGACAGUAAUGCUCACAUAGACUCUGGAGGGGCAGAGUGCACAGGGUUUUCAUGGGAACGAGAUGAGAAUGAGAAUGAGGAUGAUCUGGAUGACCUGCCUUCUAUUACUCCCUCAGCUGGUGACAGUGAAUCUGUAGAUGAAGAUUCUAACCUGUCAAACUCACGUGGCAGAAAGCACACAUUUUUCCAGAGAUCACAGUCAACAUUAUGCUUGGGGUCAGUAGGUGCUGAUGUCUUUACCAGCAGCUUGCAGGAGUCAUUACCACUUGCUGACAAGCCUCACCUCCUGCAGCCCAAUGCACGUAGAGAAGAAUUAUUUGGAAUUCCUCGUGCACACACUCAUAAUGCUGGUUAUGGUACAAGAACACCUUUAGAUUCUCCUCUCUCCCGGCUAGGUGUUUUAGAAAAUCUGCACAUGGUGGGUCCAUACCCACCCACUCCUCAGCAGUCUUAUGCACACAUGCUGGGAAGUUCACGCACACUAGACCACCAGCCAACUGAUCUUUCUCUGUAUGCAACAGGACAGUUAAGGGAUUUAAAGGAUGAAGACACGAGUGAGGACAGUGGAGAGACAUCUCAAGAAAGAGCACCAAUCAUUGUUUCACCUCGAAGGAGUGGCAGCAGUUUGGCAGAUGGAAUCGAUCAUGGCAGUAGUGGUGCUACCUACACAACAGACACCACACCUACAAGAUCCAGUGUCAAGAGUGUUAUUGUCAGAGUUGGCUCAUCAACUGUCUCAAAUGCAUUCAAACCUGAGAUGUCCUAUAAGAUAGUCCACCACCUGUCAUCAGUACACUGUGUUGGCACAACAGCAUCAACAUUAUCGUCAAGCCUGGCAGCUUCAACGUCCACAGCACCAUGUACACCCUCAGGUUCUCUUGGUGGACGUGGUGGAGCUGACCUUCUUGUUGUUCCCUUGGAUGGACGAGGUAGUCGCAGUUCAGAAGUGGGUCUGCAUGCUCCUCAUGAUGUGUCGGCUAAUGUUACCAUUGACACUACACAUGACCACAUGAAACCAGCUUUAUUAAGAAGUGGAGUAUCUCAGGACUUGCUAUUAGGACGUUGGAGACUGACUUUAGAGCUGUUUGGAAGAGUGUUCAUAGAUGAUGUUGGAGCUGAACCAGGCUCCAUAAUUGCUCAGCUUGGAGGCUUCCCUGUUAAAGAGGCCAAAUUUAGAAGAGAAAUGGAAAAGCUUCGAAAUUGUCAACAGCGUGAUCUGAAUCUCACUAAGAUUGAUCGUGAGAGAGGGCAAUUAGUCACUCAAACAUUUAAGGAACUCAAUACCCAGUACAAUAAUUACCAUAGACGAGGCACACAGUCAUCUCCUCCUCUAGCAGUCAAUCGGGUUAAAGUUACAUUCCGUGAUGAGCCCGGGGAAGGCUCUGGGGUGGCCAGAUCUUUUUACACAGCGAUUGCCGAAGCUUUGCUAUCUGGAGAGAAGCUUCCCAGCCUGGAGCCCUGCCAGGUGAGGCCUAAAGAAGUUGGGUUAUCUGUGGUACGAUAUAGUUUAUAUGGUCAAUACAAGGGACGUGACAGAGACCGUCGCCAGGGUGCAUCGUCAUCUCGUUCAUUACAGAGAAGAGAAGCUCGCAAGACACUCUCUGUGGAUGCUCGACCAUUCUACAUGACAGGAGAGGGGACCAGCAAUGAACACCUACCUUCCAACAUGUUGCAAAUUGGAGAAGCUCUGUUUCCCAAAGUACAGAGCCUCAGGCCAUCUCUGGCCAGCAAAAUCACUGGAAUGUUGUUGGAGUUAACACAUGCUCAGCUGCUUCUACUCUCUGCUAGUGAGGAUGCACUUCGGCAAAAGGUGGACGAGGCAGUGGACCUAAUACUUGCCCAGGGUAGAGAUCAUACUCCUGAGUAUUCCCCCUCACACCAAGACACGGAUGAAGGAGGAGAGGAGCCUGAGGAUGCUAGUGCACCCCUGUUUUACCAGCCGGGCAAGAGAGGUUUCUACUCUCCUCGCCAGAGUCGACCAACUCCAGAAAGACUUAAUGCAUUCCGUAAUGUUGGCAGACUUUUGGGGUUGUGCUUAUUACAAAACGAAUUGUGUCCUAUUUACCUAAACCGCCACGUUCUAAAGUAUAUUCUGGGGCGUCCCGUGCGCUUCCAUGACCUAGCCUUCUUCGACCCAGUGAUGUAUGAGAGUUUGCGCAAACUAGUGUUAGAUGCCGAGAAUAAGGACACUGGCACUGACGUGUUUAAGGCUCUGGAUCUCACAUUCAGUAUUGAUGUGAUCCCUGAGGAAGGUGGCACAAAUAUAGAACUCAUUAGUGGAGGGCGUAAUGUGGAAGUAACAACUGGGAAUGUAUAUGACUAUGUACGCAAGUAUGCAGAAUAUCGUAUGGUUAAAUCUCAGGAGAAAGCUUUGCAGAAUAUUCGAGAUGGGGUGUUCGACGUUAUCCCCGGAGGUUCUUUAGAUUCUCUAACAGCUGAGGACCUACGGCUAUUACUCAAUGGAGUUGGAGACAUCAAUGUUGCUACUCUCAUCUCUUAUACUUCAUUCAAUGAUGAGAGUGCUGAGUCAAAUGACCGUCUCAACAAGUUCAAGCGUUGGCUCUGGUCCAUUGUAGAAAAAAUGACUAAUCAAGAAAAACAAGACUUGGUAUAUUUCUGGACUGGUUCACCUGCUUUGCCUGCAUCUGAAGAAGGAUUCCAGCCUAUGCCAUCAGUUACCAUCCGGCCGGCAGAUGAUUCCCACCUUCCUACAGCAAACACGUGCAUCAGCCGCCUAUAUAUCCCUCUCUAUUCAACACGUGCUAUUUUACGCUCCAAACUACUCCUAGCCAUUAAGACUAAAAACUUUGGCUUUGUUUGAGAGAUGCUUACAAAUUUUUUUUGGAUAAGUGUAAGGGAGAAUAAUUUGAGUUUAUCAGCCAUGAAGGUGCAGUAUAUAAAAUGAUAAGAAAAGUGUUUGGGUACCAAGUGUUAACUUUUAUUUCACUUGUUCGAGGGGAAUGGGAAAAGAAGUCAGUUCUCAGAGACAUUUUGAGGCUACUCUCCAAGUUAAGGGAAUGGAAACUAGUACAGCACACGAGGGAUAGAGGUGAUGUGUGACUACUGUGAGCAGUGUUAGCUUAACGUUGUUAAAAGUUGUUUGUGUGAUUUACGUUUGUUCUAUAAAAGCUGAAUAAAUAAAAUUUCCUUGGGUUAAUAAAAGUGUAAUAGUGGAGGCAUUACUAAUAUGCAACAGUGACUCAAGAAUAUAUAAAUAAAGCUAAUUUGUGUAUUUGAUACACAGUUGGCACCUGAAAUUCAGCUUAUAACAUGAUGCUUCUAUUUAUAAAUAUUUUUAAUUUGUGCUGCUGAACUUUGCACAAAGUGUUGUGGCAAAUAAAGACAGAUGUUGACAAGUGGCAUCAGAAGCCAUGGGUUAAGCAUCAUCAACAUUUGCAGUUAUUGGUACCUCAAAUUUUAAUGUAUUAUAUGAAGAUUUUAAUGCCUUAGACUUCAGACUUGAAUCCAGUAAAUAGACUGGAUUGAAGAAGACAGCCAAAUGACCACAUAAUAAUCAAAAGUGUUUUUUUUUUUUUUUGUAAAUUCAAUGUAUCAAAAUUUUUCUUAGAACACACUUGUAUAUUUUAAGUACAUCUUUGACUUGAAUGAUGUAUUUGCAGUCAAAUGUAUGUAAAGUAUUUGCCAUAGACUGCUACUGUAAGUGAUGAUGUGCAAUGGUGAUUGGUCCUGAAUUGGAAUCCUGUGAAAAUCUUUACUAGAAUGUUGUAAUUUGAGUUACUUUGUUUUUGACACUGUUCACAGUGGCAUUGAUAUUAAAAUGUUGUUGAAUUAUGUCUUAGAGAAAUAUUUAAAAGUUUAGGACUAUACAUGAUGGUAUGAUCAGUUGAGCAUAUCAGCCUGGACAUGCUUGGAAUGAAGACAAGUGAUAAUCUGUCAUAAUGUGCUGUUGUUGGCUGUGGGAAAUGAGGCGGUGAUCUUUGUGCUUGUCGAACAAAGACUUUAAUUUUUCCACAAAAGAAGAAGAUGACAGGCAAACUCUAUGCACUGUGUUAUAUCACUGAGUGUGGUUUAUUUGGCUUUGAGUUUUGCAGAUGAUUUAAUGUGUGAGAAGUAAAUGUUACACUAGGUUUAUGUGAUGACAAUGUAUGGCUUAUUUGUUUUGAGUACAUAUUUCUAAGACUUAUGUAAAUUUAAGCCAUGUUAUUAUACUUUUCUGGAUUUUUAUUUUAUUAGCUAUUUGAUUUGUUACUGAGAAUACAAAACAAGUAGUGUAACAAAAUUGUCAUGUUUAUCAUUCUGUUCCCCUAUUAAUCAUUGGAAAAAUUAUAUAUUACCUACUGUAUGUGAUUACCUAUGUGUGUGUGUGUAUGCUUAUGUAUGUGUGUGUGUUUAUGCAUCAGUGUAAAUGAAUACUAAUCAGAGUGAAAAACCCACAUGAGAUGAAACAGAGAAAGAAUGGCUGUAUAUGUAUACCUGUUUAUAUAAACACAACACUCAAGGUAAAUAAAAAAAAUUAUAAAGAAUGGCUGAAAACCCUAAAAAUACCUUCAUUGGCUGGUACUAUAAGAGGGAGAGAAAACAUGGUAAGCACAUAAAAGAAACAAAAAAUAGUUAAAUAUUGAUGGUGUUCACUUCAACAGGGAGAACAAGGACCUUAGCUGUAAACUAAGGCAUAAGAGGUUUUAAAGUACACUAAAGUUGUAAGAGAUACAGGUCCAACACACUUGUGUGUGCACAUGCAUGCUUACACAUUUUUUUUUUUUUUUAACACCGGCUGUUUCCCACCGAGGUAGGGUGACCCAAAAAAGAAGAAACCGUCACUAUCACACACACACACCAUCACCCUCUUGCCAGAGGGGCCCCAGUACUCCAGUUCAGAACUGCAAAUGUACUUGCCCCUCCUUCAAAGUGCAGGCAUUGUACUUCCACCUCCAGGAGUCAAUUCUGGGUAUUCAUUUUCCCAGAAGCCCUUCAAAUUUUAUCUUGCUCAGGCUCUAACAGCAUGUCAAGUCAUAAAAACCACUUGCUUCCACCCCUAACACGCUCACACACACUUGCUGGAGGUCUAAGCCCCUCUCACAUGAAACCACCAUUACCCCCUUCCCUCUAACCUUACCUAGGAUGACCCCUAACCUGCCUUCUCUCCACUACAGAUUUUAAAUGGCCUCCAAGUCAUCCUAUUUUGUUCCAGCCCCUCUCAAUGUCCAAGCCACCUAAACCCCUCUUCAGCCCUCUGGAUAAUACUUUAAGAAACUCCACACCUCCUAAUCUCCAAGCUAUGAAUUCUCUAUAUAACAUUCACACCACACUUUGCCCUCUGACAUGACAUCACUGCCCCCAGCCUCCUUGCUGCAACAUUCACAAACUGCUUCACACUCAUACAAGUGUUGGUGCCACUAUACUCUCAUACAUUCCCCCUUUUUGCCUCCAUGGAUAAUGUUCUUUGUCUGCACAUAAAGAAUACAACGGUAAUAAAAAAAGUCUACUAGGAAGUUCUUAAUAGUGGUACAACAACAAAAUGGUUUAAGAGGAAUGGGGGCAGUAAUCCAUUGGACAUUAAAAAUAUAGAUUAUCUCUCAAAUACUUAUGAGGGGUAAACAUGCAAUAGCUCUCUCAAAAGCCACAAAUAUGCACAUAAUUGUAAAAAUGUACAGUAUUAGGAAGGGACACAGUGGAGGUCACCCCAGGUAUUACAAACACAAAUAUAGGGUCCCUCUCAGACAGAUUUACAAACAGGAAUACCAUAAAACUGAAACAGGAUAGUAUAAACAGGCCAACUGAGAAAUAAGCUAAGCGAUGUGAUAGCGUCGAAAAGAAGGGAGACACAGGAGUAGGUUAUCACCAGAUUACAUAAAUGCAACUACAAAGCAGCUAAUACUACUGGCAAGCUUCAGAAAUAGAAAUAAUUUUAAGGUACAGUGUAUGGAUGGUGAUUUAAAAACUACAUAUGCCAAACCAGAAUUGGAACAUGCAGUAUUGGUGUGUGUGCAUAAAAUGAGAUAAAAUAAAAAAAAUCUAAAGAUAUACUACAAAAGGUUCCCCACAGAUAAAAAAAAAAAAUUAUAAAGACAAUGGUUUGCCCACUCAGGAUCUUAGUCACAAACUGGUCAGUUUGUGACUUGCUAAUGCCCUCUGCAAAAUAUUGUAAACUUUUUCAUGUAACUGCUCUUGCCUGUUUUUCACCUUGGCCAACAGAGCAGGCAAGAGAAACACACCCAGCUUUAAAAGCUGAUAAAAAUUAACCUUUUCAAAUACAGAUUUUAGCACCAUCAACAAGACGAAUAAGAGGUCACAAUUGUAAACCGAGGAAAAAGUAAUACUGUAAUGAUACUAUAGUACUAAAAAUAUUUCUUCACAAACAGUGAUGAUCUCUAAUGGUGUUAAAAAAUGAGGUGCAAUAGUAAAUAUUAAAACUACUGAAGUACUCUAGAAAAUUAUAUGAUGGAACUAAUGUUGGAUGGUGCAAGACUUGCCCACAAAUACAGUAAAAAGGUACUAUAUUCAGAGAAAAUAUUGAUUUAAAGACAACUGAUAAAACUACUUGGGGGAUGAAACUAAUUUAUGAAGAUGAGACACUACAAGCAUUGCUCUAUCCCUGUACCUAUAAAUAAUUUCUUACGAAUUCAUAAUUACCUGCAUUCACAUGUGCUUUAUAGAUAGAAUCUGACAACUCUGCUAUUCAAAGACUGCUUUAUGUCUACAUUUACUCAAGUUCUGCAAAAAUCUCGUAGCUAUGUCACAAAAAUGAACAUACACUCUACUGUAGUUCAUUGACGGUAAAUAAGGCUAACCUUGCACAGGUUAGACAUUUUUAUGUGAUGCAAUAUGGCAUUACACAUUUUAUGAAGGUUGUUAGGAUGCUAAAUAAAUUAUUAUUUUAACAUUUAUUUUGGGAAUUUAUCUAUAAAUGUAUAUUAUUAAACUUGAGUAAAAAUAGUAAAAAGAAAAUUUGGCUUGUUUGACCACUUUAAAACAUGAGAUAUUUGUGGGUGUAGUAUGAUUAAUUAUACAUAUAUAUUUUAACUUCAAUGACUGUUUCCCACCAAGGCAGUGUGACCUAAAAAAGAAAACAUUCACCACAUUCUAUCAAUUGCUGUCUUACCAGAAGUGUGUAGACUUCAAAAUUCAGAUGACCCUUCAACUGCAACAUCCCCACCCCACGCAUAUACAUGUAUAUUUGCAUACACACACACAACACAAUUCAAUGAUGAGAAAAACGACUAUUAAAAAAGAAAAUAUAUGUUAGUGCCUAAAUGUACUAACACACUUCCAAGAACACUGUACAUAUUCUUUGAUUAAUACUGUACAAUAUAGUACAUGAAAGCUCUCAUAUUCUCUUUUCAUCAUGUAGUUGUUUUUGCAUAUGUAUACAGUAUACAUAUCCAUAAUUUUUUCUGGUCUUUCACUGUUAAAUAUUACUCCUACUGGUGAUUUUUCUGUAAAAAGCCUUUGUUAGAUAUGGUAUAUUUAUCCAGCCUACAUUACCUGCAAUUAUAUACAGUAAACAAUAUUAUAUUUGAGUAGCUUUGUACCAUCUUGGGAAUAAUUUUGUUCAUAUGUUGAGCGAGUGAGCAAGACGAGAGUAUACUGGUGAGUAGGCACUGGCUAUAAUGUAAUUCAGCUGGAUGAUAAUAUUAUUCAUCGGAUAUUUUUUUAUUUGAACGUGCUCCAACCAAAAAUAUAAAAAAAAAACUAUUUGUAAAUUUACUUUUGGCUGUUGAAUUUUGUUUAUUGAGAGUUAUAAAGAAUUUUAGCCAAAUACGUAUUUGUUAUGAUCCAAUUCAGAUAUCUUAUUACCUACAUACCUACCCUAUUUGACUGUGCAUUGUCAGUACUGUAUACAUCUUAAAAUGAUACAAGAAUUACACUGCUUUGAUUUAUAUUAUUAUUAUUAUUAUUUGUUAUAAUUAUUAUUCCCAUUUGCUUCAAUAAAGAUCUUACUUAUGUACUUCAUUCUGGCAUAUAUAUGUAUAGGAGUCUUUGAAUACUUAGAUUGGUUGCUUACAUGAUUCACUGGCUGUAGCUUAAAAAUAAUUUUUAUUUAUCAAAUAUCAAAUGGUUUAUUUAUUUUUACUUUUUAGUGAACAUUUACUUUUGGAAAGCGAGAACCAAUAGAAACCGGUUAGUAUGGUUUGUCAAAUUAGGGACUGUAUAAAAUAAGAUAAAUUUAAAAUAAAAAUGUCAUUAGUGUUUUGUAAUGGAAUAGUUUAUUAAGCUGUGACAUAUUGGAAAGAGAUGCCGAGUCAUAAUGUCUUCAUGUAUUACGAUAUGUAUUAAUAUGAAAUAAAAAGUCUUGCACGAA